GCAAAUGCCAGAGUGACAGACCAGACUUAAAAGGUCGUCUUUUACCUUCACAAAUCACAAAUCGAUGCACGAAGACAAACAGAUCUUGAGUUGCAAUAGAAGGGCAUUUCGGGAAAUGGCAGCAGGGGUCAACAGGAAGAUAUCGGCAGCAUCAGCCCGAGCUCAUACCAGACGAGCUAAGCAAAGCUCUUCUUUUAAGCUUCCUUCAGGGAUUUUUAAGACAACACUAUUGGUCUUCUUCGUUGGGAUUUUGGCAUGGGCUUAUCAGGCAAUUCAACCUCCUCCUCCCAAGGCAAUUGGAUCUCCUGACGGCCCUUCUGUAACAGCACCUAGAAUAAAACUUAGAGAUGGAAGAUAUUUGGCAUACCAAGAGCAUGGUGUCCAAAAAGAUAAAGCCACGCAUAAGUUUGUGUAUAUUCAUGGAUUUGAUUCUUGUCGACAUGAUGCUGUUGUUGCCAAGACUCUAUACCCGGAAAUCAUUGAAGAUUUUGGGAUCUAUAUGGUGUCCUUUGACAGACCAGGCUAUGGAGAAAGUGAUCCUAAUUUAAAGCAAACAGUCAAAAGUAUGGCUUGGGAUAUAGAGGAGCUCGCUGAUCAACUGGGGCUAGGAUCUAAAUUUUAUGUGAUUGGAUUUUCCAUGGGUGGAGAGGUAGUUUGGAGCUGCCUGAAGUACAUUCCUCACAGGUUAGCAGGGGCUGUGCUAUUAGCUCCAGUUAUUAACUAUUGGUGGCCUGGUUUUCCUGGAAACUUAUCUAAAGAAGCCUACUACCAACAGCUACCCCAAGACCAAUGGACACUUCGUGUUGCUCAUUACGCUCCCUGGCUUACUUACUGGUGGAACACUCAAAAGUUUUUCCCUGCUUCUUCUGUUAUAUCUCACAGUACUGAAAUUCUUUCACCUCAAGACAUUGAAAUUCUGCCUAAGCUUUCUGCGAGAAAGGAUUAUGCGACACAAGUAAGACAGCAAGGAGAGUAUGUGUCCCUUCAUCAUGACAUCAACUUUGGAUUUGGAACCUGGGAUUUUGACCCUAUGGACUUAGAAAAUCCAUUCCCAAAUGGUGAAGGUUCUGUACACUUGUGGCAUGGAGAUGAAGAUCGUAUGGUACCUGUCACACUGCAAUGCUAUAUUGCCCAGCGACUCCCUUGGGUACACUACCACGAGCUGCUGGGUGCUGGGCACUUGUUUCCACAUGCUGAUGGAAUGUCCAACAUCAUAAUAAAGACACUUUUAACUGGAGAUAAAUAGCCUAACUCAGGUAUGCUUAUCUAUGCAGUUUCUCUUGCUUGAAGUUGGAGAUUCAAAGGCUUAGUUCCUUGUUUUGAUAUGUACGAUAAAUUUUGUACUUGGAAUUUAUGUUUUUGUAAUUGGUUAUUGUUUGUAAGAAAGCAGAUGUGACUUGAAGGUUAAAAUUUUGAAAAGUUUAUUUGAUUUCUUUUGAACUGUUGGAUCCAAA